AUGUCUUCUCCAUCCAAGAGCAGACGCCGCUCCUCGCUCUCAGCAGCUUUCGAUCACUUCCGAAACAAAUGCCGCAGAACAAGAAUCGACAGUCUUCUCUCGCCUCCAAAGCUGGGUUCUGAAACUUCCAACGAUGAGAACGACAGUCUCGACUCUACCUCUGAUUCCGAAGGCGUGCCAUUGACAGCCAAUUCGGGCGACAAGAGCUCUGGAAGCGGAGCUGAAAAGGAGGGUCGAGAUGAGGAUAAGCUUGAACAAGCAGAGAGCACUCAUAGUCGUUGCGAUAGCAGACUUCCUGAGUUUUCUUUUGAUGGCUGCUCUUUGGGCACUGGCUUUGAACUUGGAGUAGAAGACAGCGAGUCCACUAGUCCUGACGAGGACAAACGACUGGUAUCUGCUCUUGCAGACUUUACUGCUGAAGCCACGGAACCUGAGGACUUUGAACGAUACUUUGCUCUUUCUCCUCGUGGCAACAAUGCAACUGUCUCGGAGAAGAGCAUUAGUCCUACUGGAAACACGGCUACUGCACCUGAGUCGCUUCAGCAAGAGUGGACAACGCAGGUCCAAACCGAGCCUCAGACACAAGAGCAGACUCUUGCGCGAAGCACUUAUGCUUCGCUUGACGAGGUUGUCAAAGAGACUGUGCUGAUCGAGCAGCACAAGGAUGUCCUUGAAGAACCGCAAGGUGCAAUGGCACGAAGAAGAUCUGCGCCGCCCAUGGAGACGGUCGAUGGAGUGAGACUGGAUGCUCGGCCCUUGGUCAGACACUCAGGCACCGCAGCGCCCCCACACAGUUCUUUGCAGCUGUGUGAUAUCUCGGGACCUGGUAGCAGCUCUUUAAAAACUUCCGGACAAGCUGAUACCAAAAGGCAAGGAGUACCCUACCAACCACGUCCUCAACUUACUUCUUGGUUCUCGUCGUCGAGCGAAUCCAGUACAGAGGGUAUACACCUGAACUUCCCCUCCUACCGUCGUCGCAACUCCAAAAAGACAGAUUUGUCUCCACCUUCCACAGCGUUGAGGAAGAAACGCCAUCAAACAACUCACGAUACUAGACCUCUUCUUUCCUCUCCUCCUCCAUUCUCUAACCCGCCAAAACCCUCGGAUGUUACUAGUGCACCCAAAGACAACCAGGCCGAUAAAAGCAAAGCCAAACCCAUGGAAUACUCCCACACUCCCCCAGAUAUGCAACCUACAGCAUCUAGAGGCUACACUACCCUCUCCUCCGCCCCUUCCAUCUCCGCCUUCCACCACAACCUAAACACCGAACUCUUCAAUGCCAUCGAAUCAGGAGACAUCAAAGCAAACCGCGUCGGUACCAAGAAAGAAGUUCGCAGAUUUUCGGGAACGAGAAGGAGUCUGCAGCAGGGAUGGGAAGCUAUUGAAUGA